AUGGGACAAAACAACUCGGCUGGGUCGAAACGAAAAAAGGUAUCCACUAAUAAUUCAUCUCAAGCCAAUGAUAAUACCCAACACCAACAUCAUCAACAACAACAAGUGAAUGUUCAAGUGGGAGGGAAUACUCUCACUGGAAGUGCUGCUACAAUGUCUUUGAAACAACAACAACAAUCGGCCAAUGGUUACCAUCAGGAUGUUCCUCAAAUUCUAAUUUCUCCAACCUCUAAUAAUAAUAUUAAUGGUCUAUCUAUGGAGGGUUAUAAUAAUUCAGCAACAGAGAAGAGAAAUUCUGAAGAAGUACUUUUAAAACAAAAAGUUAAUGAAUGGACAGUCUCGGACGUAACUAAAUUAUUCUUAUUUAAAUCUAAUGAAUUUACUCUACAAGACGACCAUAAGAAAGAUAUCGUCCAAGUAUGUGUAGAGAUGAUCAAAGAACAAUCUAUUGAUGGUACCUAUUUUAAAUUAUUUGAUGAGAAUGAUAAUGAAUAUACCUUUGACCAAUUUAUUGAAGACACCGAGUUGAGUUAUCAUGAAAAACAUGAUGAGAAGGUGGAUUCAAUUCUAUUACUAUUCUUUGAUUAUAUUAAAAGUGUUCUAACACUACAACAAGAAAAUAUUUUCGAAGAUGAUAAUGAAGAGGACGAUGAAGAGGAGGAUGAAAAUUCCGAUUCAACUGAUAAGAAUCAAGAAGUGUCAGUAGGUGAUUAUGUUGAAGAUUUUACCGACAAGGUAGAGAGAUCCAAGUUGGAUAAAUCACCAAGAAUUCAAGACUGUGAUCCAAUACAAAAUGCUAGUAGUAGUUCUUUUGUUGUACAGACGGAUUCAUCAAUUAUUCAUCAAUAUUCAACAAGUAUUACUUCUACUUUCCGUAAAUAUCAAUCAAAGUUGGAAUUGUGGAAUUUGGAUGAUGAACACUAUGAACGCUUUCAAUUAGAAAUUAACCGAGUUGUUGAAAAAUUAAAGAUUCAAAACGAAAGAAGAGCCGAGAAAGUUGAACCAAUAGAAUUAACAUGGAAAGCUCAAAAUAUGGCCAUUCCAUCAAGACUGAAAUAUGUCUAUUUCAAACCUUUAUUAUUUUCGAAUAGUAAUAAUUCUACUAAUAAUAAUAAUAAUAACAAUACGAAUAGUAAUACUAAUAGCAAUAAUGUAAUUAGUAAUGGUAAUCAAUUUAAAGAAUAUGUAAAAAUCAAAUUUGUUAUUACCGAUCUAACCUUUAAUAGAUACUUGAAGAGAUUAUCAAGUGGUUUAAUCAAAAGCAAAUUUGGUCUAGUACAUGUUGCUCUAUUAAUUGGAAAUGUAUAUUUAGAAUGGAAUGAUAGUAGUCUUGUUAAAAUUAGAGAACCUGGAAGUAUGAAUCCACUCUUUGUAUUGGAUGUUGCUACUAUUCGAUCUGAUAACUUGGAUCAAAUGUUUUUGCAAAUAGCUCAGGUUGUAUCAAAAUGGAAUAUUUAUCAUUUAUACAAUACUCGCUCAUGUAAUUGUCAACAUUUUGUUACAGAUUUAUUACAAACCUUACAUUUGGAAUCCAUUUUUGAUAAGAAGAUUAAUCAAAAUACUUGUGUUAAACAAUUUUUCAAAAAGGUUAAAAUGGGAAAAUUGAACAAGUUAUCUCUAGAACUCUCAAAAGAAAUGCAAAAUUUAAUUAAGGAAAAUGAAAAGGAAUUUUUCGAAAAGGUAUUCAAGAGAACCAGAUCAGCACGAGAUGGAGGGUUUUUCAGUAAUGGUAAAAUACCAACUGAAAUUACUUUCAAAUCACAUUCCAUGUUGGAUCAGUUUUGCCAUUUCAUGAAAAAACAUGCCAAGAACCCAAACAUCAGAUUGGAAAUGCAAGAAGGAGAUUAUUACAAUAUUUUGAAAGCGUUUGAUAGAGCUUUUUGGUUAAGAAAAAUGGCUCUGGAUAAGCUUAAUGAUAACACUGCUCAACAUCAAGAAAUAUUGAAAUUAUCAGAACCACUCGACAAAGAGCAUGGUGGAUGUUUCUUCAGCGAAUAUGACGAAGAAAAUGACAAGUACAAGAAUUCCUUAAUUGACGCUAACGAUUUUAUUAUUCAUUUCACAGAAGAACCACCAAAGAAAUUUGAAAUUUUAUAA